AAGCUCAAGUGUUUACUUAAUUUAACUUGCAGAAUUCUUUAGAGGAAUAGAUGCGGCGUGUAGUUUUUUUAGGAUAUUAAAACAAUGUAUAUAUAAAUAUGGACUCUGAGGAGACAAUAACAGUAGCCAGCUACAAAUCUAUACAUUUUGGAGUAGAUAUUAUAGAGGGCGCCCUAAAUCAUUUACAAUUUCUUAAAAACAUCAACAAACACAGAAACUUAUUUCACGUCCCGCUUUUACGUCGGGCUUUGCGUCGAUAUGAACAGCUUUGGUUAGAUCUGGCCGCGGAACACAACGAAAAGGUUUUAACAGCCCCUUUAGAUAUAGAAUGGAUUUGGCAUUGUCACAUGCUAUCACCGAUAUGCUACGAAAAGGACUGUAAAAAUCUUGUGGGUAAAACAGUUAAUCAUGUGAUUGUAAAGGACAAAGAGAGACAAAAACAUCUUGAAAUUACAAAAAAGCUUUGGGAAGCAAAAUACCCAGAUACUCCAUUUGAGAUAAAUAUCGAUCAAAAUGAGGACGAAUCUCCUGAGGAGGAGAGGGACAGUGUUGAUAUGUGGGAAAGUAAGUUGACAUAUGAUGUUGUCUCCGCAGCUAUACGACAGUCAGCGUUUAAUUAUCAAGUUAGCCUCCCGCAUUAUUAUGACAAAUACUUUUUAAGGCAAGCUGUAAAGAGGUACAAGAAAUUAUUGUUCUUGAAGGUUCAACAUCAAGGACUAUUUUUUGUUCCUUGUUACGAUAAUGAUUUAAUCUGGCACACACAUCAACUUCAUCCUUUAGUUUACAAAAAAGACACAGAACGGAUUUUAGGCAAAAUGUUCAAUCAUGAUGACUCAGUCAACGAUAGAAGUUCUGGAUCUAGAUUACUGAGAGCUGAGUCUAAAACGAAGCAAUUUUGGCAAGAAGCAUACAAUGAAAGUUUCUCCCGAAACGGAGCGAUGUACAGAGGAGACCCUCCAAUGGGACAGCUGCAUAGAUUGUCUUCAAGUGAUGUAAUGUCGUUUUCUACAAAGAGAGCAAACAUUAAACUAGAUAACAUUCAAAUUGAGAACUUACCUGAAAUCAUUAAAAGUUACAAGUUAAAAGUUCAAUAUGUUUCCAAUGACAAAGAAGGCCCAGUAAUACUGAAUUUUAAAGGUCUACCUAGUCACUGGGACAAGAAAAAGGGAAUUGAGUUUGAAUUUGACACAAAAGACUAUAACUAUUUGAAAUUCAAACUUAUUCAUCAACCAAAACGCAUGUGUUUUAGUGCUACCAUUGAAACUGCCGAGGCCAAGUUUCACGUUCUUCCUUUAGCUGAAUCAAAUACCGGAUGUGAUACUGAAUUAUCAGAAACAUUAGUUCUAAACGAAGAAAAGAACAUAACAUUGAAUUUCAAUGGGAAUAUUCACGUGUAUGAUAAGCCCGGACCGUGUUUCUUGUUUUUAAAGAAUGGAAACUUUGAUAGGAGGUAUUGUAUCAUGCCUGAAAAUAUACGACAAUUGUGGGGACCAAUCCCGUUGCCAAGGCUCCCAGCAGGACAAGAUAAUAACUGUGUAGUUGCAUCCCACAAGUUUGUAAAUCAUAUGGGAGAGAUGACGUUUACCUGUCGAGUAAUACACAGUAUACCGUUACUGAUGUCAGCGAUACAAGUGUUCUACCAUGACAAAAUGGUAACAGUGGCACAUUUGAUCGGUCCAGAACAGUUACCGUGUUCUACUGAGGUUUCAGACCCUAAAUCUUGUCCAUCACUGAACUCUAAACAGGGACAACGUGCUUUGUUGAUAAAAACAGAAGAGGGUGACUGGGGAAUUCUGAUUGGACAGUGGACUGGGUUCCGGAGAGGAAAGCCGGGAACCAGAGCUCAAAAAGGACUUAAAGGAAGUCCAGGUACAUUGACAAUCCGAUUCUUCCAUAUAAAGAGCGGACACUGGAACCAUUUAGCAUUACCUUACUUGGAAAAUCUAUUUAAGUUUAACCUUGGCGAUUCAAAUGUGGAUCUUCAAAAUGGCGUCAUCACCAUAUCUUCUGAAAAUGGAGAAGUCGCUGAGAAUCUUACAAUGGCGUUUGGUGUUGCACUGCUUCAUGUUCUCUGUCAGCCAAGGAAGAAACUGAAAAAACUAGGAGAAAACACAACGCCAAUGAGAGGAAUGAAACUCAUACGAUCCAUUCCCUCCAGCGAUCUAGGGCUAGUAGUCGCUGCAGGAUAUUCUGUAGAUGCACCAACCAAUCAGUUCAUCAGGAAACUUCAACUGAGGAACAGAAAUGGUCCGUGUUCAUCAAAGGACGAUACUGAAAUGGUUGGAUACGGAAUGGGUGUCGAUUUUGGAGAUGCUAUAGCAGAGGAGCUUGGAACAGAACCAAUGACUGAGGCACAAAACACGUUAGAAGCACCUGGUGAAGCGUCUGCUGGUGACAUCGGUGAUACUGGUGCUGAGGUUGCCGCCGAGGCGGGAGGCGAGGCAGGUGCUUGUGGAGGUUGUGGUGGGUGUGGUGGUUGUGGGGGAUGUGGGGGUUGUGGUGGAGCGUGUGGUAGUUGUGGAGGAUGCGGUGGUUGUGCCGGUUAAUAGAAGAACGUAUGUACGAAGUGUUUGCGCGUGCGUGUUGUAAGAUGAUACAGUUUCAGUCAUUAUAUAAUUCAACGUUGUAAUGUAUGCAAAGUAUGUGAUAGUGAUACAACUGAAAUCCCACUUGAUUUUCUUUUCAAACAACUAUGUGUAGCUGCAUUUUGAAUUUUUCGCACAUAUUGUUAAUUGUAUUAGAAUCAAAUAUAUAUGCUGAAACCAGGUUAGCUUAGCCAUCCUAACGCCACGAGGCUUGCCUAUAGAGCUUAAAUUCAGACAGGCAAACCCGUCUUAUCGUAGUUUGUCUUAAUUUGCAUCGCACUCAGACAGGCAACCUGUAUUUAGGCAAUUAGUUCAUAUUCAAAUAUUUUAAUUAUUUCAUUUAAAUAACUUCUUUCAAAAUGGUAAGCAAAAAUAAAAAACAUUGCAAAAUUAUCGCAAACGCCAAAUAAAUAAAGGAACCCAAAUUUCAGUCUUGCUCAAUAUAUGAAUACUAAAUAGAAUAAAUCAAAUGUAAAUGAAAUAUUAUCAAGCAAAUCAAUUAUCAGCCUGAAAUAAUUAAGUAAAGAAAAGGGAAAUAAUCCAUUCCUAUUACAUAUGUAUAGAUUGAAGUUGCAUCCGCAUUUUAUUUUACAUCUCUGCAAAUAUGUUCAGAUUGAAUAUUGAAUCAUGUGAUUGUAGUUGAAUUGGCUGAUGGUGGCAACUCGAAUGAGAGGGUAAAAUGUUCUGAGUUCCGUUCAAUGUUCCUUUCAAAAAUCUGUAUAGAUAUCGCAAACCCUUUACAACUUCUGCUAUAUAUUAUGUGUAGCUGCAUUUUUAAUUUGGUCCAUAUAUUGUUACUUAUAUUAGAAUCAAAUAUAUAAACAAUGUAUGUAUAGAAUGAAGUUGUAUUCGCAUAUUUUUUUUCACACCUCUGCAAAUGUGUUCAGAUUGAAUAUUGAAUCAUGUAAUUGUAGUUGAAUUGACUGAAGGUGGCAAAUCGAAUGAGAGGGUAUUGGUAUGUUCGAGUACUGUUGAUUUUUACAAUUCUAUCUUCUGAUAGAACAAAAUGGUAGGGAUAUUUCCCCCUGAAUUUAUUUCACACCAUGGACAUUUUCAAAAAGUUUUUUCAAUCUUUGAAAAAAAUUAUAUUAUUAUAGCAUUCAUGUGUGUACUUCUUAUCAGAGUACCAAAUUAUCAACGCCUGAUUAAGCCCAAAACUGCAAUUUUGACAGACUUUUCCCAAUUUUGAGUAUUCAUAUCAUGUCUGGCUAUGUAUGAGAAGGAAACCCUUCACCAAAACCAAAACUUUGUUUGGAAGUGUAGUCUUUUAAAUACAAAUUGAUUCAUUUUGCUUAGUGGCGCCCUUCGAUGCAAUAUUUGACAAAACAAAUGUAAAACUUGCACAUUCAUAUCAAAAUGCAGUUAACAGCAAAAUGUAACGUCGUAUAAAAUUUUGGAAAAAAUUAGAAUUGUCGAAUAACUUCUGAAAUAUACAUGUAUUAUAUAGACUCUUUAAAAUUCAAUUUCAGGUAUGAUUUGACAACUUUUAAAUGGUGACCAUGUGUGUGAAACAAAAACAGGAGAAAUUGGCCAAUAUCUCUUUUUGUAAUGAAAAUUAAAUUGAUCUCGACAGUUUUUCCUCUUGAAAGUUGUUACAAUAUUGGAAAUUCAUCCAUUUAAUCAAUUGAAUGUAUUAUUCCUGUGUUGCGAAAAAGGAAAUUAAAUACAAGGAGUAUUGUUAUAAUCCGAUUUUCACAAAUAGAUAUUUUAAAUGCUUAAGCAAUGUUGAAUUUGUUCUAUUCAAUUUUAACUCUUAUGCAAUUUGAACGAUUUUAUAUCCACAUUUCAUUUAACACAUCAUGCAAUUUAUAUUUUGUGUAUUUCAUAGUCAAAGACAUUAAUGGAUAAGAGAGAUAAAAAUGUACAAUUUUCCUUACAAUGGAGAAAUGAUUUUUCUUGAGGUUGCACUGUAGUGUUAGAUCCUGGAUAUUUCAGGAAAUUUAUAAUAAACGUUAUCCAUAUGUGAUAAAUUCGUUUUUUUAUUGCUUUCUUUUACGAAAGCUAAACCGUUUAGUUGUUUUCACAACAAAACUAUUUUA